AUGUCAGACAGAGACAAGUGGAGGGCCACACGCCGCAUAGCUAACUGGUUUGUGGCAAGAUGGACCGGGGGCCACAGUUCUGCCUUAUCAAUAUGUGAUGCAGAAACUGCAGUGGGGGAGUGGAAGAAAUCCAAUAUGAGAGUAUCACUGCGAAUGAUUCACAGAGCGACUCCUCGCUCUUUCAGCCGCUCUCUGAAGGCGGCCGAUAAAGCGUCCGGGCUCCAGAACAGAGUAAACCCCCAAGACCUGGGGGUGCUGCGAGUUAGCGGCCACCCUUCCUAUACAAGUAGUUGGGCUGAAAAAGGGGAGGGACGCGGCGGCGCCGGCAGCCAAAAGCUGGACUGUGUCUCCCUCCAGAGGGAGAAGCGAGUCACGCACGGCAGCUCCGGCGGCGGGAAAGCCGCGGCCUCGGCCGAGCCCCCCUUCCCCGGGUGGUGCCCGGGUGGUGGGGUCGCGGGCUUGGUCCGUGCACCUGCGCUUGGGAGGUAUCUAGUGGAUAGUCGCUGGUUCAAACAAUGGAAAAAAUACGUUGGUUUUGACAGCUGGGACAAAUACCAGAUGGGAGAUCAGAAUGUGUACCCUGGUCCUAUUGAUAAUUCUGGACUUCUCAAAGAUGGUGAUUCUCAGUCUCUCAAAGAACAUCUCAUUGAUGAGCUGGACUACAUCCUUUUGCCGACUGAAGGCUGGAAUAGGCUAGUUAGCUGGUACACACUGAUGGAAGGUCAAGAGCCAAUAGCACGCAAGGUCGUUGAACAGGGUAUGUUUGUAAAGCACUGCAAAGUAGAAGUAUAUCUCACAGAAUUAAAGCUUUGUGAAAAUGGAAAUAUGAACAAUGUUGUCACACGAAGAUUUAGUAAAGCCGAUACAAUAGAUACAAUUGAAAAAGAGAUAAGAAAAAUCUUCAAUAUUCCAGGUGAAAAAGAGACCAGAUUGUGGAACAAAUACAUGAGUAAUACUUUUGAACCUUUGAAUAAACCAGACAGUACCAUACAGGAUGCUGGUUUAUACCAGGAAAAGGUACUGGUGAUAGAACAGAAGAAUGAGGAUGGAACAUGGCCAAGAGGUCCUUCAACUCCUAAGUCCCCAGGUGCAUCCAAUUUUUCAACUUUACCAAAGAUCUCUCCAUCUCUAUCAAAUAAUUAUAACAACAUGAACAACAGAAAUGUGAAAAAUUCAAACUAUUGUCUCCCAUCAUAUACUGCUUAUAAGAAUUAUGAUUAUUCAGAGCCAGGAAGACACAAUGAGCAGCCAGGCCUGUGUGGCCUGAGUAACUUGGGCAAUACAUGUUUCAUGAACUCAGCAAUUCAGUGUCUGAGCAACACACCUCCUCUUACAGAAUACUUCCUCAAUGAUAAAUACCAAGAAGAGCUGAAUUUUGACAAUCCUCUAGGAAUGCGAGGUGAAAUAGCAAAAUCUUAUGCAGAGCUUAUCAAGCAAAUGUGGUCAGGAAAAUACAGCUAUGUGACCCCAAGAGCAUUUAAGACACAAGUGGGACGAUUUGCACCACAAUUUUCUGGUUAUCAACAACAAGAUUGUCAAGAGCUACUGGCUUUUCUCUUGGAUGGAUUACAUGAGGAUUUGAAUCGAAUUAGGAAAAAGCCUUACAUUCAGUUAAAGGAUGCAGACGGGAGACCAGACAAGGUGGUUGCUGAAGAAGCCUGGGAAAACCAUUUAAAAAGAAAUGAUUCCAUCAUUGUAGAUAUAUUUCAUGGCCUUUUUAAAUCCACCCUAGUUUGUCCUGAAUGUGCUAAGAUAUCUGUAACCUUUGAUCCCUUUUGUUACUUGACACUUCCAUUACCCAUGAAAAAAGAACGCACUUUGGAAGUUUAUUUAGUUAGAAUGGAUCCACUUGCAAAGCCUAUGCAGUACAAAGUAGUUGUUCCCAAAAUUGGAAAUAUAUUGGACCUUUGCACAGCAUUGUCGGCUUUGUCUGGUGUUGCUGCAGAUAAGAUGAUUGUUACUGAUAUAUACAAUCACAGGUUCCACAGGAUAUUUGGUAUGGAUGAAAAUCUAAGUAGUAUUAUGGAACGUGAUGACAUUUAUGUAUUUGAAAUUGCUAUCAAUAGAACAGAAGAUACAGAACAAGUUAUAAUUCCUGUUUGUUUAAGGGAAAAGUGCAGGCACACUAGUUACAGCCAUAGUGGUUCUUCACUGUUUGGUCAACCUUUUCUCAUAGCAGUGCCUAGAAACAAUACUGAAGAUAAGCUGUAUAACCUGCUGCUGCUAAGAAUGUGCCGAUACGUAAAAACAUGUACUGAAAGUGAAGACACUGAAGGAUCCCUACAUUGCUGUAAGGACCAUGGUAUCAAUGGUAAUGGCCCAAAUGGAAUACAUGAAGAAGGAUCUCCAAGUGAAAUGGAAACAGAUGAACAAGAUGAUGAAUCCAGCCAGGAUCAGGAACUUCCUUCAGAGAAUGAAAACAGCCAGUCAGAAGACUCAGUUGGAGGUGACAAUGACUCUGAAAAUGGAUUAUGUACUGAGGAUACUUGCAAAGGUCAACCACUCACGGGACACAAAAAGCGAUUGUUUACAUUCCAGUUCAAUAAUUUAGGCAAUACUGACAUAAACUACAUCAAAGAUGAUACCAGGCAUAUUAGAUUUGAUGAUAGGCAACCUAGGCUUGAUGAAAGAUCUUUCCUUGCUUUGGAUUGGGAUCCUGAAUUGAAGAAGAGAUAUUUUGAUGAUAGUGCAGCAGAGGAUUUUGAAAAACAUGAAAGUGUGGAAUAUAAGCCUCCCAAAAAGCCUUUUGUGAAAUUAAAAGAUUGCAUUGAGCUGUUCACAACAAAGGAAAAACUAGGUGCUGAAGACCCAUGGUAUUGUCCAAACUGUAAAGAACAUCAGCAAGCUACCAAGAAGUUAGACUUGUGGUCACUGCCCCCUGUACUGGUAGUUCAUCUAAAGCGCUUUUCCUACAGCAGAUAUAUGAGGGACAAGUUGGAUACAUUGGUUGACUUUCCAAUAAACGACUUGGACAUGUCAGAGUUCCUUAUUAAUCCCAAUGCAGGGCCUUGCCGCUACAACUUGAUUGCUGUCUCCAACCACUAUGGAGGAAUGGGAGGAGGGCAUUAUACUGCUUUUGCAAAUAAUAAGGAUGAUGGAAAAUGGUACUACUUUGAUGACAGUAGUGUGUCCACCGCAUGUGAGGACCAAAUAGUGUCCAAAGCAGCGUAUGUGCUCUUCUACCAGAGACAGGACACGAUCAGUGGAACUGGCUUUUUCCCUCUUGACCGGGAAACUAAACAAGGUGCUUCAGCUGCCACAGGCAUCCCACUAGAAAGUGAUGAAGACAGCAAUGAAAAUGAUAAUGAUAUAGAAAAUGAAAAUUGUAUGCACACUAACUAAUGGAAGAACUAGAAGCCAUAAAAGAGACUUUGUUACUGGGGAUACCUAUUGAAAGAGUGAAAUUGCCCACCAAAUUAAGAAUAAAAAUCUGAGAUGGGGAAUUUCAGAUAACAGAAUGUAAAUCUUUAUUACAUUUUAACAUGUGCAGUACUUGAAGUGAAACAAUAAAAACUUAAACAGAAAUUGUCUCUAAUGCAUUUACAGUCUUGUAUUCACAAGCUAUAUAUAGGAAAUCACAAAUAAACCCCUUUUAAGUUUUCUGCUGCUGUUCUGAUGGAUUAUGUUUUCUUUUGUUUUGGAUGUGAGUUAAUAACUAAAAUGUUAAAUCUGUGGACUUCUGACAUUUAUUUUCUUAGUACUGCAAGAAUACUACUGCCAAGUCUAGUUUCUGGAUGAAUAUAUACAUGUUUCUUCGGCUGUCACACAGGCUACGAGUAAAAACGUCAAAUAUAUAAGCAGUAGUUUUCUUGAAAGAGCAAAUUUUUGUUUGUCCCUAAAAAUGAAUUUUUCUUUUUUUUUUUUAAUUCGGUCACAAUAGAAGAAAUAGCUUGAAAAGGUGUUUUAACCUUUUGUGAUAUAGUUGAGCAUCCAGAAUAUUACGUUCAUCUUACUGCUGCUGUGGAACAGGUUCUGGAUUUCAUGCUGCAUUAACAAAAAGUUUUUCAAUUAAAUGUAAGUAUCCUUUGUUGCUUGUUGGAAUCUACUCUGCAGACGUUAUCUUGCUUAUAAGACAUGCAUUAUUUUAAUCUGGUGUCAGUCCAAAAUUUAAACUUGUGCUGCAAGUUCUCUCUCCCCAGUUUUUGUAGUUUGACAGCUUGCAAACUACUCUGUAAUAGGAUCAGAGUUAAUAGUAUUCUGUAUCCAUAGCAAUGACUGUGUAUCGGGCUUAGAUGAGAAUUUUUUCAAUAUACCCUGCCUUUAAAUUGUUAACGAACAAAAUGACUUUAAAGGUAGGCCUGUUAAUUUUCUUUGUGUGUUCCUGAUGGAAUUCACCAUAGCCUUACAGAAUAUCUGAGAAGGUAACUCAUUAUAAGAGAAUUGGCAUUUGCAUGUUCAAGUCAGAACCUGUACAGUAUAUAAGGCAUACAAACUUUGAAUUGGAUUUUAGUUAACUAUGUUCAGGGGUCCAGGAUGCCAAAAUAAGUGUGACAGUUUGAAACAUUUUUUAAUUUGCUGCUUUCCCUUUGAUCUAGUUGGAAGAAUGUAUUGUUGAUUUGUAUACAAUACUGCCUUUGAGAGGGGCUCUGAAGUGUGGGGGCACACUUCACAUAUCUACUACCUGGAGAAUUGCUUUGUGUCCCACCGUUUAAACAAAUAAUUUAAAAAAGCAAAAAGCAAAAAGUAUGAUGUUCUUCACUUGAACUAAUCAAAUACAAUAGGUUAUAAAUUGUGUAUUGUAAAUAAAAGUUCACUCUGUGAGUGCACAUUUUGGUAAAUUAUUUAUUUAUGUUAGCAUUAAAAAGUUUAAAAAAUUGCAUUUAAACAGGAUAUAAAUGAGGUAUGUUGGACAUGGCUUUGCUUUAUACCUUGAUAUUAGAACUGGUGUUUCAUCCUGGUAUUUUAAAGCUGCUUUGAGGUUUUUUUUUUUUAAAUGUAAACUAACCUCCUGCAUGACAGAGGUUAAAAUUUUGUCUGCACUUGAGUUCACUUGGGUUUACAUUUGAAAUGCGCAUGUUUAUUUAUACAGAUUUCAAUAAAGCUAUUCAAGGCCUUA